AUGCUGGAUUUUCCGUCUACUUUGUCUUAUCGAAAGUACGAGUCGUUAGAGCUUAUGUCGAUGUGUUAUGUAGAAGAUGCCUCGAGUGCUUCAUUUGCUCAACGUGGAUCUGAAAUAUUUUCUGCGUGUAGAGCUAUAGCUAUACGUAGUUGCAAAGAAAUUGACGAUGUGUAUAUAGAUGCAUUACAUAAAAUUGUCGAUAACCCUGUAUUUCCAGUUGGAUUAUUAUUAUCAAUGUCAACAAACUUAUUCAGCAGCGAUACAUCAGUGCAGAGCAUUUUCAAAUGGUUGGAUCAACAGAAGUCCGGAUCGAUCUUAUUCGUUGGAUUUGGAAGCGAAUGUAAGCCGAGUAAAGAGGAAGUAGAUGAAAUAGCUCACGGACUUGAGCUCUCCGGGUUACAAUUCAUAUGGAUACUACAAAAGCCAAAUUGGGGUAGUUUUGAUGAAGUGGAUCCUCUGCCGGAAGGAUUCCGACAGAGGACCGCGGAGAAAGGAGUGGUGCACAUUGGAUGGGCACCACAGAAGGAGAUUCUGUCACAUCCUUCAAUUGGGGGUAGUCUGGUUCAAGGUGGGUGGGGUUCCGUAACAGAGAGUUUGCAGUAUGGGCAUGUUGUUGUUGUUCUGGCGUUUGUGUAUGAUCAAGGGUUUAAUGGGAGAUUUCUGAUGGAAAAGGGAUUGGGAAUUGAAGUGGAGAGAAAUGAAGAAGACGGAUUGAAUGAGAUAGAGAAAGCGUUGACGUAUGCUAUGGUUUCGAAGGAAGGUGAAGAGUUGAGAGUUCGAACCAAAGAAGCUGCAGCCAUUUUUGGAGAUCAAAAGCUUCAUGAUUCGUACGUUGCUAGUUUCGUCGAGUAUCUGAAGAAUGAUAGAGAAGAAAUAUCUACUGAUUAA